AUGCCAGUCCGAACCGAAGAAGAAAAGACGGUAUCAGAAGUGCUUGUAGAGACAUCCAACUGGUGGAUAAAUAUGAUGUCACCCACAGACGAUGAGAUGCGAUCACUUGGAAAAUUGUUCCGAAUUCACCCUUUAACAACAGAAGAUAUCCAAGCCCAGGAAUCGAGAGAGAAAUGCGAAAUAUUCCAAAACUACAUUUUUAUCAACUAUCGCACAUUCGAGAGUGAUUACGUUAGCCCAAAUUAUCUUGAACCGAUCAACUUUUAUAUCCUCCUAUUCAAAAAUGGUGUUCUUACUUUCCAUUUCCAACCUGUGCCACAUCCUUACAACGUCCGUAAACGCAUUCACCAUCUUAAAGAUUUUAUACACAUAACACCUGAAUGGAUAAACUAUGCUAUUAUCGAUGAUAUUACAGAUAGCUUUGGACCUCUUAUACAACAAACUGAACUAGAAGUGGAUUCAAUUGAUGAUCUUGUUCUAGUUUUAAGUGGAUCUGAGCAAAAUGACAUGCUACGCCGUAUUGGAAGUUGUCGCAAGAUAGUCAUGCACCUCCUUCGCUUACUUGGAACCAAGGCAGAUGUCAUUCGUAGUCUAAUAAAACGUCAUGAUGACAAAGCAGUUGAGCUUGGCUAUGAAGUACUACUUUAUUUUGGCGAUAUUCAAGACCAUAUAAUCACCAUGGUACAGAAUGUAACACAUUACGAUCUUAUUUUGGGUCGUGCACAUAGGAACUAUCUUGGACAGAUUUCAAUUGAACUCUCGCAAGCUGGUGCAACCACAAAUGAUGUUGUAAAUCGUCUCACUUUCUUAGCAACCAUUGCAGUCCCACUCAACCUAGUGGCCGGUCUGUUUGGUAUGAACGUUAAAGUACCUGGAUCAAGUGAAGAUGAUUUGGUGUGGUUCUUUUGGAUUGUACUUGGAAUGGGGUUUUUCUCAGCAGCCAUGGUUGGCUAUGGUAAGCGAGCUGGGUUUCUCUAA